GUCCUGCGUCAUCACGUACUUCAGUAAACCUCACCAGCCAAAAGGACUGUUUCGUAUUUUGCCUGUAAGAUGAGAGUUUUGCUAAUACCGCAGAAUAUAAGUUCUUAUUGUUUUAAGUUGUUUACAUACCAGGUUACACCUGUGCAUGGUUUUCGUAUUAAUUAACGACUGCUGUUAAGUCGUAUGAGUAGGCUACGAUCCCAGGAGCUACGGAAGUCCCACCAGAGGUAGUACGGUGGCUGAAGAUCCACAGACAGGAUGAUCUACAUCAUAAUGGGAGUCUCAGGCUGCGGAAAAAGCACCUUAGGGGCCUUCUUAUCAGAAAAGCUGGGCUGGCCCCUGCACGAAGGGGAUAACUUCCACCCACAGGGGAACAUUGAGAAGAUGGCUCGUGGUGAGCCACUCACAGACCAGGACAGAUUGCCUUGGCUUCUCAAACUACAUGAAGUCAUUGAGAGAGAAAGGGCUUCAUGCUCUGAUGCUCUUGUGGCGUGCUCCGCCCUGAAGCGCCUGUACAGACAAAUCCUGCUCUUUGGCUCCAAAGCCCUCGCUUCCUCCUCCGAUCCAGACCAAGAUAUCCUACCUCCGUCCUCUCCUGAUGUCUUUUUUCUCUUCCUACAUGGGGACUACGAUUUCAUUCAGCAGAGGAUGGUGGCCCGGAAGGGGCAUUACAUGAAAGCAGAGCUGCUGCGUUCCCAGUUUGAUGUUUUAGAGCCUCCGUCGGCUGAGGAGAAUGUGUUGCCACUGGACAUCAGGAGGAGCAUCACUGACAUGGCCAUGGAGGUUGAGAAGCACAUCAUCAGCCUCAUGUCGUCACCAAUGCCUUAACCACAGUCUAGUGGAGUCACCACAUCUACUUUAUAUCUUAGUGCAGCUGACAAGUAAAGCUGCACUAAAUUGUGGUGUAAGACCAGAAAGAAGCUUGUGCAGUUAGUGGGAGUUUAGUACAGAACCUGUGUGAUCCUGUGGUGCUGAAAACAUUUCAUAACACAAUUACCUUUGCAGUAUAUUCCUGCUGCAGAGUAUUUCAUAUUGCAAAGGUUUGAAUUGGGACCAUUAAGUGCUUUGUUUUGUGAAUGAGAAAUGAACCUCCAAUAGUACGCCACCAAGAAAAAGGCUAGAUGUUCAUACGAGCACUUUAACAUAGUGUGGAUAUUAGCUCUUUUUGAACUUAUGAAAAGGAUUGUGGUAGUACUGUAAAAGUUUGCACUUUAAAGAUUCACGUUUCAGUAAAGUGGGAAAUUUGACUGAUCUAUUUGACAGCACAGAGUGAAUUAUGAUGGACAAAUGCCUUGAGCAGAACAGGCAAAACCUUUUUAAAAUGUUUUAAACAGUAAAACGAACCUGACCAUGCAGAAAAUGCACAAAGAACUUUACUGAUUAGAUCCAUUUUUUAUGUAUUUUGUUACAUGGCUAUAACAGACAUGCAACAUUUAUGGGGGAAAUUGUGUUGAUCCCAGUAGCAUCAGUAUGGGAAUAUGAAAUUAAAAUGAACUGAUGAUGGUUUUGGUUGAAUAUUUUAUCCCAUGUUUAAUAUUUAAUUUCUCUUUGAUACCAGUCCAAAACCCAAAGAUAUUCAGUUUGCAAUCACAUAAGACAAAGAAGCAGCACAUCCUCACAAUUCAGAAGCUGGAAACAGUGAAUUUUAGCUAUUUUUUUCUUGAUAUAUAAUAUAUAAAUGAUUAAUGGCUUUUCAUAAUAGAUUCUUAUUCAUUUUCUGUCGGUAGACUAAUCGAUAAUCAGCUAAUGGUUUCAGUUCUACAGAGAACCCAUUUAUAUUUCGGAAAGUAAUGCUUUUGUCUUAAAACCUAAUAAGUUAACUCAUACAUUUGAAUAACUUAGGUUCAGUUUAGUAUAGAGGACACAAUGAACUGGUGGACAGCAGAAUCUCACUAUAAUGAUUUAAACUUAAUUAAAUCAUUCUUCUUAAUUUAAA